UUUCAGAUUUGAGGGAGGGAGGGAGGGAGGAGGAGAUUAGAGAUUUGAUUAGGUCGAAACAGCAAAAUGGAGGGUGGAGAAGAAACAUGGCAGAGUGAGGUUCAGCGUCAGCCUCACCCGUACGUUCCCAAGGAUUUGAAUUUGGCUGGUUUCGUCCCAGGCUUCCUUUCUCAGUCAACCAUUCUCACCGUUUUUGGCUUCUCUUCUCUCCUCGUUUUUUCCCUCGUCUGGUUCCUCUCUGGACGGUUGCCAAAACUACAGAAGACGGAUAGAUUGCUUAUGUGCUGGUGGCUUUUCACGGGCCUGACCCAUAUGAUCCUUGAGGGUUAUUUUGUUUUCUCUCCGGAAUUUUACAAGGAUAAGACUGCCUGUUACCUGGCAGAAGUUUGAGAAUACAGCAAAGGUGAUUCAAGAUAUGCAGCAAGGGAUUCUGGAGUUGUCGCUGUUGAAGGAAUAACUGCUGUUUUAGAGGGCCCAGCUUGCCUUCUAGCAGUGUAUGCUAUUGCCACAAGAAAGUCAUACAGCUACAUUCUUCAAGUGGUCAUUUCUCUUGGGCAGCUCUAUGGAACUGCUGUAUAUUACAUAACUUCUUACUUGGAAGGGGAUAACUUUGCCGCAAGCUUAUAUUACUAUUAUGCCUAUUUCAUCAUUGCAAAUGCUUCUUGGGUUGUAAUACCAACACUAAUAGUUAUAAGGUGCUGGAAGAAGAUAUGUGCAGCAUUCCAGGUCCAAGAUAAAACGAAGACCAAAAUUCGCUAAGGAGGAAUUUCGACUGCCAUUUCAAAAUUUGGAUUUCAUUGAAUAGGGAAGAUUUUUGGAUAAUUUGAGAUUGCCUAAUUACUUGCGUUGAUUUUAUGUUUUUUGUUUGAUUUUUUCCCCAUUGGGGAAUCCAUUGACAUCAACUUUUAUCAUGGAAACCAGUAUUUUUUUCACCUGAAAUUUAUUUUUUAAAUUGGU